AGUCGGUUUCGGGCGAGCAUGGCAAGUGCACGCGUGACCGUCGCUUCUUUGGCGGUGCCGCGCUCGUGCCGGGGCAGCCGCGGCCGCCUCGACGAGCCGUCGCCGGGGAGUCGAGCUCGGGCUCCGCGGCAGCACCGCGGGACGAUGAGACUGAGGCCGCUGCUCCUGCUGGCCGGGCUGCUGGCGCUGCUCGGGGAGGCGCGCGCCGAGCUCUUCACCAACAGCUUCCUCGUCAAGAUGAGGCAGCCCGCGGCCAGGCAGGUCGCCGACAGGAUCGCCAGCAGGAACGGCUUCGUCAACCUCGGCCCGGUUCUGGGCAGUCAGACGGAGUACCACUUUGUGCACAGGACUCUGCCGCACGCGAGGAGCAAGCGCUCCGUCGCCCAGACGCGAAGACUGAAGGUGGAUCCCCUGGUGCACACGGCGGUGCAGCAGCCGGGCUUCAAGCGAGUGAAGCGCGGCUACAAGCCGCUCAGCGUGGAGAAGCUCGUGCCGCUGAUGAAGAGCGAGAUGAAGAACCCGGCAUCGAAGCCCGCCUCGCGCGAUCCCACGGAUCCGUACUUCCAGUAUCAGUGGUACCUCAAGAACACCGGCCAGAACGCCGGCAAGCCCAAGCUCGAUCUGAACGUCGAGGCUGCCUGGGCGCAGGGCUUCACCGGCAAGAACGUCACCACCGCCAUCAUGGACGACGGAGUUGACUACAUGCAUCCCGACCUCAAGUACAAUUACAACGCGAAAGCUUCGUACGACUUCAGCAGUAACGACCCGUACCCGUACCCGAGGUACACGGACGACUGGUUCAACAGCCACGGAACGAGGUGCGCCGGCGAGGUGGCGGCGGCCCGCGACAACGGCGUCUGCGGCGUCGGCGUCGCCUACGACUCGAAGGUCGCGGGCAUCCGCAUGCUGGACCAGCCCUACAUGACCGACCUCAUCGAGGCCAACAGCAUGGGCCACGAGCCGGACCUCAUCGACAUCUACAGUGCCUCCUGGGGCCCGACCGACGACGGCAAGACCGUCGACGGCCCGAGGAACGCGACGAUGCGAGCCAUCGUCCGGGGAGUGAACGAGGGCCGCAAGGGCCUCGGCAACAUCUACGUCUGGGCCUCGGGCGACGGGGGCGAGGACGACGACUGCAACUGCGACGGCUACGCCGCGAGCAUGUGGACCGUCAGCAUCAACAGCGCGAUCAACGACGGCCAGAACGCCCACUACGACGAGAGCUGCUCGAGCACUCUGGCCUCGACUUUCAGUAACGGCGCCAAGGAUCCCAACACCGGAGUGGCGACGACGGACCUCUACGGGCAGUGCACGACGACGCACAGCGGAACAUCGGCCGCCGCGCCGGAAGCUGCCGGCGUGUUUGCUCUGGCUCUGGAGGCCAACCCGCAGCUGACCUGGCGGGACAUCCAGCACCUGACGGUGCUCACCUCCAAGAGGAACUCGCUCUUCGACGCCAAGGGCAGGUUUCACUGGACCAUGAACGGCGUCGGCCUCGAGUUUAACCACCUCUUCGGCUACGGAGUCCUGGACGCCGGGGCCAUGGUCGCCUUGGCCAGCAAGUGGAAGACCGUGCCGCCGAGAUAUCACUGCAUGGCCGGCACCGUUCAGCAAGUGCAGGAAGUGCCGAGCCAUCGGUCCAUCCUCCUGAAGAUUGAGACGGACGCCUGCGCCGGGACGGACUUGGCCGUGAAUUAUCUGGAGCACGUGCAGGCCGUUAUUUCGGUGAACGCCACGCGCAGAGGAGAUCUGGAACUUUUCCUAACGUCGCCGAUGGGCACGAGGUCGAUGAUUCUCAGCAGAAGGGCGAACGACGACGAUCGUCGGGACGGUUUCACCAAGUGGCCAUUCAUGACCACCCACACCUGGGGAGAGUAUCCGCAAGGAACCUGGCUUCUGGAGGUGAGCUUCAACUCUCAGGCGCCGCAGCACGGCUGGAUCCGUGAGUUCACGCUGAUGCUCCACGGGACGCGGGAGCCGCCCUACACCGGGCUCCCAGCCGCGGAUCCGCACUCGAAGCUGGCGAUCGUGAAGAAGGCGCACGAGGAGCGCAGCACGGCCAUGUAAUCUGGCCUCCAGUUUCCCACCUUCCUCCCCCCCCCAACCCCCCCCCUCUCUCUCUCUCUCCCUAUCUAUCUCUCUUGGAACACGUCCGACACUACUAUAUAUGCCGGCCGAGCGGAACAGCUGUUCCACCCUCCUCUCGCUCUUCAACUCUCCCCCCUCUUGAGACCUCGUGCAGCUUAUUAUUGCGCAAUGAGGAGCAGCUCGGCUCUUUUAUUCGCCGCGCUUGUAUCGAUCGCGUCCAAGUCAACCGGAGGCUGACCUCUCGCCCGCCCGCCCGCGCGCGCGCGCGCCUCCAAAAUUAACUUUGCUUCUUCUUCUACGCCAUCUGGCUUGACACAACUUUCGAAGCUACCGCUGCACUUCUGACAAUACGCAUAUUCCGACGACGAGAUGCUUUUCAAUGUGUUUGCGUUGCCCGCUGCGAGCUCGGCGUUCUCGUUUCGCUCGUGUUUCGCUGCUUUUGAACCUUUGCACGGCGUGAUAAAAUAAGCAACUCGCCGAAUAAGAUCAAUAGAUCCGCGGCCGACUUCACGCCGGUUGACUUUCGCUCCACUGAUUCCCCCCCCCCCUGCCUCUCUCUCUCAAUGUACACGACUGCUGCUCGAUUUUAUAAUGAAUUUACGUUCGGAAAGAGCGCCCAACUUCCCGCACAUCCACCCACACACGAGUACGACGCAGCAUUAGUUUUGCUCGCCGGUUGUCGCGCCUGAGAGAUGGUCACAACAAUUGCGGCUGUGCACACUGUAAUGCCCAUAUCUCAAAAAAAAGCUUGCGUAUCGUGUGUGCAUUAUGUUCGAAGACGAGCUCUGCUCGUGAAUAUUGCUUUCCGAUUAUUACCCGAGCUGUCUAUUGAUUUAUUGAUUCCUUGUACGCGCGGUUUACCGUCCGAGAGAGGCCGCUGAUCGUCUAGACAUCUAUGGUAUCGGCAGUAAAGGCGUACAAGUGUCUGAAUUUCCGACUGAGUUUAGUCUGCGAUUAUUGGCAGCGCUCCUAGCAACAGUUUUCCUUUGAUCGUAUCUAAUCUUUUUCCAAUCUACUUAUAUGAACUGUUAAAGGACUAUACGUAACACAAUAUGCAUACAUAUAUAAAAUACGGCUCUUGUUUCCGGGAUGAUUAUGUCGAUUCAAUGAUUUGCGAUUUUCAUUUGAGCUACAGGGGCCUACAUCACAAAGUAUAAAAUCAAUGAAAGUUAUAGAGGAAUAGCAUACCAAAUUCAAACGUUCCUGCACUUGGAAGCUUUACUCUAUUGCACGCGUAGAAAAUGAUAAUAUCCAACCGAGCACAACUUAUGCACGCAUGCCACGCAAAAAUAAGAGGAAUUUUGGGAUCAAUUUUUGAGAAACGGGAGAACUAUAUCGAGAAUACAUUAGUGAACUCUUACUGAUAGCGAAGAAAAAAGUAACGUGACGCGCAUAGUGUAGUCGAAGAAGCCACUGUCUUUAAUUCCUUAGUUGUACUUUUGAGUCGAGUGCGUCGAGCAUCAUACACGAGGAAACACCUUGGCAAACAAAGAUAUACGAUAUAUCAGUAUUAGAGAAUUCAUCAACAAGCCUAUAUUAACAGCAUUCUGUUAGUUUAUCCGCAUCAGAGUUUUAUAAAGAGACGUUAUAUACUUGAAAACGAAAUAGUCAUCCGCGCGCUCGCGCGUGACGAUUUUUAUUAUUACUUUUAUUAUUACUCUAUCUAUCUAUCUAUCUAUCUAUCUCAAUACAUACUGUAAGUUUUUUCUAGAGUUUUCCAUCCAAAUGAAACUAGUCAUCAGUUUUUAAUUUUUAUAUAGUUUAUAAGAAUUUAUCGAAAAUGUCGUUGAUGUUAAAAUCGCAGUGAUUACUUUGCAGUGUCGCGCGAAAUCAGAAAAUACAUAUAAUUACAAUGUAUCUACUCUUAAUACACAGGAGAUUUAAUAGAUUUAUUAAAAGCCAGUCAAUGUUAUGCAAAAAUAUUAAGUUACCGUGACUGCAUAUCUCUCUCUCUCUCUCUCUCUCUCUCUCUCUCUCUCUCUCUCUCUGUCUUGAAAAGAAGAAUUUGUAUAUGAAAGGUGAAAUAACUAACUGAGUUAUUGAAAAGUAUAAAGACUUGAGUAUUUGCGACAAAGCUGCUCGACGAGUACUUUUCGAACGUAAUAUGUAUGUUACGCUGAAGAGAGAAUAAAUAAAAGUAUAAAAAGAACUACCAAAUAUUUAUCAAAGAAGUAUAUUGUAAAAUUUUUCCGUCGAAAUAUUCUUGUUGUAUGAAUUUGAUAUGAAUUCUAACCCUUAUCUGUUUAAGAGUCAAAUAAAUUGCGAGAAUCAGUUGAACAUUAGUUGAUUAGUUGUGCGCUAAACAUAUAGCGAGACAUAUUUUUGUGUGUGCUUAGAAAGGAUUCAGUACUGUAACGGAUAAAUUAUUAGAAUUACAUAUGGGUACGUCGAAGACGCGACGAAUAAAUUUAUCGAUUCAUUUGUAGGUAUAGCCUAGAAAUUCAUAUGUAUUUAUAUUAUAUGAUUAUUAUUGGUGCAUACCUGCACGGAAAUUUCGAUGUAGAAAAAAGCCGAGGAUAUAAGGAGAGAAUUUAUCAGUGAUAUCUGCAUGCGAGAAAUGAACUUAAUCAACCUUAUUCUGUACAAUGUACGUGGGUGAAUAAAUCUUUAUUUUUUGUCCUGCAUCGUUUUA